AUGGGGAAGGAAAAUCGCACGAUUGUCAGGGAAGACACCCAUCUCGGGCAUAAAGAAGGUACCUUGAGUUGGAAUACCACCUACAUCAGGUCUCUCAAGACACAAGUGAGGCUUGAUGGAGGACAGCAACAGGAGGAGGAGACCCCCAUCAGGCAGGUGCCCCGGGGCUUUUCGGAGGCCCAGGCGUCGUCUUGGCUGGAGGCAGCCCGCUGCGCCCGUGUGGUGGCCCUGGAGCGCGGGGGCUGCGGGCGCAGCUCCAACAGACUGGCCCUUUUUGCCGACGGCACCCGCGCCUGCGUGCGCUACGGUAUCAACCCGGAGCAGAUCCAGGGCGAGGCCCUGUCCUACUACCUGGCGCGCCUGCUGGGCCUCCAGCGCCACGUGCCGCCGCUGGCACUGGCCCGCGUGGAGGCGCGGGGUGCGCAGUGGGCGCAGGUGCAGGAGGAGCUGCGCGCUGCGCACUGGACCGAGGGCAGCGUAGUGAGCCUGACCCGCUGGCUGCCCAACCUCACGGACGUGGUGGUGCCCGCUCCCUGGCGCUCGGAGGACGGCCGUCUGCGGCCCCUGCACGACGCUGGCGGCGAGCUGGCUAACCUCAGCCAGACGGAGCUGGUGGACCUGGUGCAAUGGACCGACUUGAUCCUCUUCGACUAUCUGACAGCCAACUUCGACCGGCUCGUAAGCAACCUCUUCAGCCUGCAGUGGGACCCGCGUGUUAUGCAGCGCGCCACCAGCAACCUGCACCGCGGUCCCGGUGGGGCGCUGGUCUUUCUGGACAACGAAGCAGGCUUAGUGCACGGCUACCGGGUAGCAGGCAUGUGGGACAAGUAUAACGAGCCGCUGUUGCAAUCAGUGUGCGUGUUCCGCGAGCGGACUGCGCGGCGCGUCCUGGAGCUGCACCGCGGGCAGGACGCGGCGGCCCGGCUGCUGCGCCUCUACCGGCGUCACGAGCCUCGCUUCCCCGAGCUGGCCGCGCUCGCCGACCCCCACGCUCAGCUGCUACAGCACCGCCUCGACUUCCUAGCCAAGCACAUUUUGCACUGUAAGGCCAAGUACGGCCGGCGGCCGGGGACUUAGCAUCACCCGGAGGAAGAGAGAGACCCGGGACUGGAGUACGGAUGUUGGGGGAAGGGCCAUCCCCUCUACCACCUUAUGGGACCACCCGGCCAACACCCAGCCAGUGGCCUGAGCGCAAAGCGCUGGUGGCCCGGGAGCAGGGCUGUGACAUUGGCUGGUGGAGCCCCCUUCCUGUGUUCUCCCUUUGUUCCAGCGCCGUGAUGGUGAGAUCACUGUUCAGAGUAGGAGGACGGCUUCCGAUAGGACAAAGAGUGCAGGACCUCCUGACUCUGGGGAGCCCAGCAGACUAUGACAAUUUGUCUGACUCAUUCCUGACCUCUUGUCAUUUUGGCCUGAAGGCUAUGAAUUCAGGACCAGCUGUAUUCACUGAGUAAAAUAAUGAAUUUCUUCUUCCUCCCCCUCCCAGCCACCAAAAUUGACAAUGAUGAUGUUCACCAGAAAAAAAAAAAUCAGUUUCAUGCACUUUACUUUGUUUUUAUUUUAAUUUUUUAUUAAGAAAAACUUUUUUAUUUGAGAGAAUUUGCCUUCUAUGUAUAUAUGUGCAUAAAGUGUGGUGUAAAUAUACUAAACAAACUUAUAUUUCAAUAAAAGGGAGUUUAAAAUUUAGAAUUUAA